AUGAAAUUAAUUUUUUGCGCAUUUAUUUUUAAAAAGGCGGACGUCGUCGAUCAUGACAAGAGAAUCAGCAAGAAGUUGAGUUACUUACUUCGACAUGCAGCUGUUAAAAAAGGAUUCAACAUAAGACCCGAUGGCUUUAUUCCUGUUCAAGAAAUUUUAAAAGAAACGCCUGGUUGCACUGUAAAAGAUAUUGAAAGAGUUGUUGCUAAUAACGACAAACAGCGUUUCACAUUGAGUAGUUUUGACAAUGUUCUUAUGAUCAAAGCUAACCAAGGACACACUAUCAGUCAAGUAGAUUCGUUGAACUUAAAACUGCUGGACAGCGUGGACUUUGAUAUUGUCCAUGGAACGUAUCAUAGUUGCUAUGAAAAAAUUAGACAUCAAGGUCUGUCUCGAAUGAAGAGGAAUCACAUACACUUUGCCAAGGGUUUAAAUUUUAUUAAUGGCCUGAGGAGGAAUGCAGAGCUAUUUAUUUUCAUAAACUAUCCUAAAGCUAAAGGCGACGGAUUAAAAUUUUACAAAUCUGAAAAUAAUGUUAUUUUGUGUCCUGGAAAUUCUGAAGGUUUUGUCAAAACUAAAUACUUUUUGAAAGUAGUUACUAGAAGUGGUGAGAGUUUAUAA